CAAAGAUAUGGUAUUCUAUUAAGUGACCUGGGAGUUCCAGGCUGAACUUUCCAACUCAAGGGUCUUCUUGCAGAGAUCGGACAGGUCCAUGUCGCUCGGAGGGACGCUCAAAGUGAGCUCAAUGCUACUAUAUUGUGAUUGAAAUCGUGCUUCUGAUAGCAUUCAUGACCACCAGAAUACCCAGCACCCUCUUCUUCCUCGAGCCGCAUUAUAACCGCGAAGGCCCAGCCUACAGAUCACUGUUUAUGCCCCCUCAUUUCAUAAAUCUCUCGAGAGUGAAGUUCCUGGCCGUAUGCUGGUGGCGGCUGUGCUGGAUUGUCUCCAAGUUCAUGCUAGUCACUGUAUAUCAGCCAUCUGCAUUCCCGAAAGGACGGGAUUAUGAGAGGCCAUACACGAGGAGUACCAUCCAAUUCAUGUCGGAGUUGAAUGGGACGUGCAAAAUACCGUUCCAUCACAGGAGUAUCCCCUAUCUGUUGGCCUUGUGCAUCUCUCUUCUUCCUCACAAACCAGGCGAUACCCCCCACCAUAGCAGCCAGACCCAAGAGCCCAACAAUACUGAUACCAACAAUGGCACCUGUAGAAAUACUUUUCGACGACCCAGGUGCAGCCGAGCCUGGGUCUCCUGGAGAUAGUGGUGCAUCAGUCGCCCCCUUACCCCCGAUCCCGCCCCCAGUUUUAAGAAUCGUUGUUGCUUUUUUCGAAGUCGUAGUGCGUGAGGCAGGAUUUUCAAGAACGCCAGUGCUACCGGGAUAAUUUGGGGAUCCAGCACUGCUCUGGGUAUCAGCGAGUGGAGAACUAGUAGCGUUCUCCAAGGGUGAAGGGUUACCAGCGGUUCCUGGAUGUGAAGGAUCGCUCGUAGUCUUUGAGGGUGAAGGGUUAUUAGCAGCAUUUGAGGAUGGAGAAUCG